GCCCAGGCCCAGCGGCAGCGCUUCGUCCGAUUCAGGCUUCCCGUCCCCGUAGAAAUUGACCCGUCCGCCAGGGUGGAUAGAUAAUCUUGAAGCCAUACGCGGCGAGAAAUUACUACUCUUCAAACGCGCGAUGAUUUCGGCGUUAAUCUUGGUUCCCGAUUCAGCGUGGGGUCAAAUGCGGGGCCUCCUUCCUAGUCCAAUAGUCCUUCCAUUCCCAUGGCGCGCGCUAUGAUUUCUUGCCAAAUCCCUCGCGCCGUUGCCUCAUAGAGCUGCGAUCCCCCCGGGUCGUCUCGUCUCCUCUCCUCUCUCCACUCGCAUCGCUUACUUCUCCCUCCCCUGCUCCUCCUGCCGCCGCCGCCGCCGCAUCCAGUUGCCGUCCCGUGGCUCCUCCACUGAGGCGCAAAGAGGCCAAUGGGUUUGGUUCGGUCCAUUGGCUCCACGUAGGCGCAUGGCUCGCUCACUGCAGAUGCCCUGCCUAACCCCGCAAUUCGUCGCCGGUUGCUGAUCAGUCGAGCUCCUGAUUUGGAGCUUUUUGGGGGAUUUUCCUGGGGCCCAGGGGCGUGUUUCGUUUGCUGCCGGGUUUGGCCGUGCAUUAAUAGCCGCUUCCUUGUGAUAGUCCUCUCCCUCCCUCCCCUCCCCUCUCCUCUCUCUCUCUCUCUCUCUCUCUCUCUCUCUCUCGUGUCCUCGCUUCUGUUCUGGGGUGCGGCAUUCUGGUUGCGGCAACAAGAGUUCUUGGAAAGGUUCUGAUGGGUUGCUUCGGGUGCUUCGCACCGGAGGCGGAGGAGGGAGACGAGGACCACAAGCCCUCCAAGCCCGAUGAUUCAUCAGGGGCUGAUGCGAGGAGGAAGGUGGCCCCGGAUGUGUCAAACGGCUACGCACACAGCUUCACCUUCAAGGAUCUGCUUGUGGCGACCGGCUACUUCAACGAGGCCAAUUUCAUUGGAGAAGGUGGAUUUGGGAAGGUGUAUAAAGGCAAGAUCAAUGGCCAGAUGGUUGCAGUGAAGCAGCUCGCUCAAGAUGGUGUGCAGGGGAGGAACGAAUUCUUGGUGGAGGUGCUCAUGUUGACUGUGCUCAACCAUCCCAAUCUAGUCAGCUUGGUUGGGUUCUGCGCGCAGGGGGACGAGAGGCUUCUCGUAUACGAGUACAUGCCGUUCGGCAGCCUGGAGAGCCAUUUGUUUGAUGUGCCUCUUGGCAAGAAACCACUUGAUUGGAAUACACGUGUGAGGAUAGCUGUUGGAGUAGCAGAAGGGCUUUCUUACUUGCACAAUGUAGCUGAUCCACCUGUCAUUUACCGUGAUAUGAAAGCUGCUAAUAUUCUGCUGGGUGAGGAUUUCAGUCCGAAGCUUUCUGACUUUGGACUUGCAAAAGUCGGACCAGUUGGUGACAGAACUCAUGUCUCCACAAGAGUUAUGGGUACCUAUGGCUACUGUGCUCCUGACUAUGUUGUGAGUGGUAAACUUACCAUGAAAUCGGACAUCUACAGUUUUGGUGUUCUUCUAUUGGAACUGAUAACUGGCAGGAGGAUUUAUGAUGCAUCAAGGCCUAAACCAGAGCAAAGUUUGCUAACAUGGUCAAGGCCAUUUCUGCAUGACAAGAGGAAGUUCUACCGACUUGCUGAUCCGGCUCUGCUGGGCUGCUACCCGUCAUCGGCUCUGAACCAGUUAGUUGUGAUCAGCAUAAUGUGUCUCCAGGACCAGGCCCAUGUCCGCCCAAUCAUCGCUGAUGUUGUGAUAGGCCUGAACCAUGUUUCAAGCCAGCCAUAUGCGCCUGAGCGCCCGCCAGUAGCUAUAAGCUCCCCUGCGAACAGCGGGUCACCACAGUUCGUCCGCACUCCAUCCAGAAGGAGAAGUGGUAGGAGGACUUCACAGUAUGCGUAGCCAAGAUUGACUGCUUGUCUAGAAGAAGAGCAAGAUAUCUCAAUCAGAUGAGACCGUUAGGGCUGUUGACACUGAAGCCGUCAAAUUCCAUGUAGUCUGAGCCUUUUUGAUCGAGGAAGCGGUCUGGAGUGACCUGCUUGACAAGAGUUCUAGUAUCUUCUAUGUGGCAGAUGGUAGGAGUUCAAGCUGACAAUGACUAUUGCUCUUUUCCUGUGCUUUAUUGUUUUCAGUUUUAAGUUCUGUAGCCAGUGUACAUAGGAUCAGUUCCUUCUGCGGGGUAAACAAGUGCAUCGUCAGUCCAGGUAGAAAAGGGCAAGUGUGUGUGACCCCCUAUUGGGAUGUUCAUCAAGUUACCAGUCAUGUACAAAAGUUCUCAUGGUUGGUCCAUGUUGGCCAGUAGGCACAAUAAGUAAUUCACAAUGGUCGGUUUAGUUGAAAAGGCAGAAGAUUAUCAAAUGUUGGAUAUUUUUUUA